CUCAUCUCUGAUUGCCGUUGAGAGGCUAGCUUGUUCACUAGGGUACUCGUGUGCAAUGGUGGAAAGAAUAAAAGAAGUCAAUAUGGCGCAUAAAUUAGUGUUCGAUUUGUCAAAAUUAUUUGUAAUCUUAAUAAUAACUAUUGGGGAUUUCACAAAAUGUGUUCAUAGCAUUGGUGAAGUAAUUUAUGCUGUAAACUCUGGUGGCUCAUCACAUACAGAUUUAAAUGGAGUCCAUUAUCAAGCUGAUAAGUUGUCUGUCGGAAUUUCCUCCGAUUAUGGAAAGAAUGUUCAAAUAGGAAGAGUGGCUGCAGCCGAUCAGAUCCUUUAUCAGACUGAAAGAUACCAUGUUGCAGAUUUUGGAUACAAUAUUCCUAUCAAACAAGAGGGUGAUUUCGUUCUGGUUUUAAAGUUUAGCGAAGUCUACUUCAGAGGCUCCAAGCUCAAGGUUUUUGACAUAAAAAUUAACCAGUUUCCAGUGGUAAAAGACCUUGACAUAUAUGACAAAGUUGGGUAUGGCAUUGCACAUGAUGAGUACAUCCCGUUCAGUAUAAAGAAGGGUACAUUAAAAGUUGGUAAGCAAAAGGCUCCAUUUCCUGGUCAGUUACAUGUAGAGUUUGUCAAGACCUACUAUGACAACCCAAAGAUAAAUGCACUUGCUGUUUUUAAAGGAACUAUUGAUGAUAUACCAAAGCUACCCACAAUGAAUGUCCAAGAUGAGAAAUUGGAAGAGAAAGAAGAAGAACCAGAAGAACUAUCUGAGAAGCCAGCCAAGAAAAGGAAGACGUCUGGGCCUAAGGCAACAAACCCGUAUGACUUGGAGGAUAGUUCUUUUCUCUACCCUAUCCUUCUUGCCCUAGGUAUAUUCUUGCCAACUCUUUUAUGUUUAUGCAAAUUAUAGAUAGAUUCACUGGCUGCUGUCUUAGAACAGUACCCGUCAGAUUUGACUUUUAUUGGACGAUGACCAAUAUUUAUUUCCCUUCUAAGCUGUACACCGAUGUAUUUGAUAUCCUGAUGUGAUCGCAGCUUAAAACGGUUAAAUUUUAGCAGAGGUAUUGUCUGCCUCUUCAAAAUAAAUGUUAAAAAUCUUGAA